AUGACGUUUACUAAAGUUCUCCCCGCUGAUCGUUAUGAGGGAACCGUCGAUGGAAUUGCCAUUAAAUGGACUCACAACGCUAAAGCUAGGCUGACUACUAAUGCCAUCGAAUACCGAGUGAACGCUACCGCUAUGAAGGCAGCUACUGAGUACUUUACGCACAAGUGCUCUAAGCGCCUGGGGAAGGCCACUGCCAUAAUAAUUGGAUCUUUCCAUAAAUUCACCACUAUCACCAGAACCGGCAAGGAGAAAGCGGCCCACUCCCAUAUAACGCUUUCCUUAAAUCCAGGCGGCGUCAAGGUCCAUGUGAACGUUACCUUGCCCGAAGGGGGGGGCCCGUAG